AUGGAUAUGUCAUGUGAUAUUCAAAUGACCACAGUUGCAACAACUAUUAAUUCCACUGAAUCAAAUAAUGCUAGUCACACUAACAAUCCUUGUAUACUAACUACAUUAUCGAAUACAUUUCAUUCAUCUAGUCAGCCUGUUGGAUCAGAUAGUCGAUAUGUAUUUGAAGUUCACAAAACACCAGCAGAUCAUUCAAUUGAGAAUAAAUUAUAUACUGUGGAUCAUUUGGUCAAAGGUGGUACUUCGAUAAAACAAAAACCAAAACGUCUAGAAAAACAUGUUACAUUAUCGGAUGAAAUUUUAGAUGUCAACUUUCCACCAUUUCUUCAUCAUCAUUACAUAAAAUCCGAUGAAUAUUACAAUAAAUUCAAUGUUGACAAUUUAGAAAGUAGAACUGAGAGAAAUGUAACUAUUACAACAGAUCAAAGUUAUCCAUUAUCUGUUAAUCCAACAAUUCCACACAUGUCAACCGAUAAAAUAAGCACAGCAAGUCUUGGAAGUAUGGCAAGAUAUUGUACAGAUGACCAAGGUGAAUCAUCAACUACACUCAUUCUAUCACGUUUAGAAAAACUGACACUCAAAGAUUUUGCAUCUGAGGUCAGAGCGAAUCUAGAUAUUGAUAUGUUUAUCAAAGAAGCAACUCUUUUAUUGGAUUUGGAUGGAUCUACCCUGGAGGAUAUAAUUAGUUCCAUGUUAGAAGCAGUAUUCGAUAAUCGUCCCGUAGUUGAUACAACUUCAUCAACAACAACAGUAAAUAUGACACCAAGCAGUCCCAGUCCUCCUGAUGAUGCUGAUUCAAAUCAAUGGUCUCGAACUUCAGCAACUGUAACUAGUGGCUUUGGACCAAAAGUUAACUUUUCAAUCACUGGAAAUUCUGAUAAAACAAAUCUAUCAAAACUGGAUAUUGAAAAUAUGAAACUUGAAGCUAAAAAUUCACUUAUGAUGCAGAUAAAUUAUCAAGGAUGCACAUACCACAGGCUUGCAAAGACAAUAAAAGGAGUUUCACUGACAGAUGGUGAUUGCUUAUCAACCGAUCAAAGUUGGAUUUGUGCAAUGUGUUCAUUACGAUCGAUUCAUAAACGUUAUCUUGCUCUAGCAAGAUUAAAUAAUCCAGUUAAUUUUGGCAGAUCAAGUGAAGGAACCUAUUUGAUCGUACUUAUAAUAACACCAACCAAAGAGAAAGGUACAAAAAGUGAAAUCGAGGUUGGUCGUACAUUUGGCACAAUUUUAUCGGAUCCAGUAUUUCGACAAGAAUUAUUAUUUGCUACUAAUGAAAAAGAAGUGAAAUUAUUAUUAUGGGAUAGAGCACAACAAUUGGCGGCAAAACAAUCAACCGACAGACGCAGAUCAUCACAAUAUUUGGAUGUUAGAAAUCAAACUCUUAAUUUAAGUUCUCAGUCAAAAAUUGGCAAAGGAAUUUAUUUGGAUCUUAAACGUAAAUUACCAUAUUAUUGGUCGGAUAUAACUGAGGGUAUCUGUGGAAAAAAUACAUUGCGUAAAACAAUAUCAACCACUAUAUUCUUAUACUUUGCUUGUCUACUUCCUUCAAUUGCAUUUGGUUUAUUGAAUUCGAAAAAUACUGAGAAAAAGAUGGACGUUACACGUGUAAUAAUGGGUCAAACCAUAGGUGGAUUAUGUUAUGGGGUUUUUGGAGGCCAACCGUUACUUGUACUUUUAUCAACAGCUCCAUUGGCUUUAUACAUUAAAAUUAUUUAUACCAUAUCUGAAACAUAUUACAUUAAUUUUUAUGCAAUGUAUGCGUGUAUUGGACUAUUUAAUAGUUUAUUCUUAAUCAUUUAUUCCGUUUGUGGAUUUAGUCGUUGGAUGAAAUGGUCUACAAGAUCAACAGAAGAGAUAUUUGCUAUGUUUGUUUCAAUGGCAUUUCUAUAUGAUGCGGGGAAUGAUUUGUAUGCAACAUUUCAAGAAAAUUAUCAUUGUAAAUUAUCAACAAAUUAUUCAUUAUUAUUGAAUGAAACAUUCACUACUCAGGGAUUUGAUUUGAAUCUAAUUAAUGCAAGUUAUUCGUUCGGUAGAAUUUCUAUAGAUAAUUGUCCUGAUUCAUUAGCAUCUAUAUCAUCAUCGUCAUCCUCAUCUUCAUCAUCAUCAUUAUCGACAUCAUCUUCAUCAUCAUUAACAUCGUCUUCUACUCUAUCAACUUCACCAUCACAACAUACUAAUAGAACCAUUACAAUCAUUCAAUCAGGAUGUCAACGUGAAGUUGCAUUAGUCUACUUAAUUUUACUUUUGGGCACGGUAUGGAUUGCAGUUAACCUUUUAAAUUUUACUAAGACACCAUUUCUAACUACUACGAAACGUGAAAUAUUAACAGAUUUUGCUCUACCAAUAGCGGUCGUUAUAAUGUCGCUUGUAGGAUCCCUAAUAUUUGGUGAUAUAAAAUUAAAACCAUUUGAAGUGGAACCAUCCGAUUUUAUAUUAAAUAAAGCACCAUUGAACUUAUUAGGUUGGCCUGCUGUACUUGGAUCUAUUGGUAUAGCUAUUCCAUUAUCAUUAUUAUUUUAUAUGGAACAAAAUAUUGCCAGUGCUAUUUUGAAUUCUCCAUCAAAUAAGUUGAGGAAAGGACCAUCAAAUCAUUGGGAUUUAUUUGUUAUAGCACUUAUCAACAUCAUACUAUCAAUAUUUUGUCUUCCAUGGGUUCAUGCAGCUUUACCUCAUACUCCGUUGCAUAUGAAAGCUUUAGCGGAUAUGGAAGAGCAUGUUGAUGGUGGACAUCAUAUCAAACAAACUAUUAUUCGAGUACGUGAGACACGAUUAACAUUAAUUAUUUCUCAUGUACUUAUUGGAUUAUCAUUAGCAAUGAUACCUUAUCCAUUAAUCUAUAUACCCCCACCUGUAUUAAACGGUCUAUUUAUUUACAUGGCUAUAACAGCUUUACAAGGUAAUCAGAUGUUUGAAAGAAUAUUACUUUUUAUUACAGAACAAUCGGCUUAUCCACCAUCACAUUACAUCCGACGUGUACCACAAAGAAAACUUCAUUUAUUCACAUUUUUUCAAUUGAUACAAUUGGGAUUUCUGUGUGCAUUUGGAUUUGCACCUAGUCCGUAUGUGAAAUUAAUAUUUCCUGUAAUACUCGUUGUACAAAUAAUUCUAAGGCAUACACUUAUUCCUAAAGCCAUCGAUUCGAAAUAUCUUGAGGCGCUGGAUCGUCAUUUUUAG